AGUAAAGUCUCCCACAUUCCCUCUCUCCUCCCUCUUUCUCUCUUAGCCUCUUGCGUAGAAGGACGCAGUAGCUGGUACAGCAGCCUCUCUGCUCAACCCGUCAUUUACUAUAGUUAUCUCUCUAUUUAGGCUUUUUAGCCUACUCUAACUUCCUCUGCAUCGUUGAGCUGCUCAGAUCACAAUGAACGGGCCAGUGGACGGAUUGUAUGACGCUGAGCACUAUGGGUCAUUCAUGUUUACCUCUGAGUCUGUGGGAGAAGGACACCCAGAUAAGAUAUGUGACCAGAUCAGUGACGCUGUGCUGGAUGCUCACCUGAAGCAGGAUCCAGAUGCCAAGGUGGCCUGUGAGACUGUGUGUAAGACCGGCAUGGUGCUACUCUGCGGGGAGAUUACAUCUCGGGCCAACGUGGACUACCAGACGAUUGUGAGGGAUACCAUCAGGCAAAUCGGCUAUGACAACUCAGAUAAAGGUUUUGAUUAUAAGACCUGUAACGUGCUGGUGGCUCUGGAGCAGCAGUCCCCUGACAUCGCCCAGGGAGUUCACAUUGACCGGAUGGAGAGUGACAUUGGAGCAGGAGACCAGGGUCUGAUGUUUGGCUAUGCCACUGAUGAGACCGAGGAGUGCAUGCCUCUCACCAUCGUCCUCGCCCACAAACUCAAUGCCAAGAUGGCUGAAUUGAGGCGGAACGGCACUGUCCCCUGGCUCCGCCCUGACUCCAAGACACAGGUGACAGUUCACUACACCCAGGAGAACGGGGCGGUGAUCCCUCGUAGAGUUCACACAGUGGUCAUCUCAGUGCAGCACGACGACUACGUGAGCCUGGAAGAGCAGAAGGAGAUACUGAAGGAGAAGGUCAUCGAGGCCGUUGUGCCGGCCAGGUACCUGGACGACAACACCAUCUAUCACCUGCAGCCCAGCGGACGCUUUGUGAUUGGCGGGCCCCAGGGUGAUGCUGGGGUAACCGGUAGAAAGAUCAUUGUGGACACAUAUGGUGGCUGGGGUGCCCACGGUGGCGGGGCCUUCUCUGGUAAGGACUACACCAAGGUGGACCGGUCUGCCGCCUACGCCGCACGCUGGGUCGCCAAGUCCCUGGUCAAGUCCAAUCUGUGCAGGAGGGUGCUGGUGCAGGUGUCCUAUGCCAUUGGAGUGGCAGCACCAUUGUCUAUUUCCCUGUUCACCUAUGGGUCCUCCCAGAAGACUGAGAAGGAGCUGCUGCAUAUUGUCAACAAGAACUUUGACCUCCGGCCUGGGGUCAUUGUCAGAGACCUGGACCUGAAAAGGCCCAUCUAUCAGAAGACGGCCUGCUACGGCCACUUUGGCAGGAAGGAGUUUCCCUGGGAGGUGGCCAAGAACCUCAACUUCUAGUGUGUGGUGCAGUAGGCAACGGGCAACGGUGACAUGGGCAGCUGUCUAUGUUGACCAGUACGCGACAGCCAUGCUGGCAGCUGUUAGGGGUACAGGGGAGGGUGGGUAAGGUUGGAGUAAGGGGGAGUGUACUCUCUCUCGCUCUCUCUUUGGCUGAAAACUGAAAACCCAAACAUCUCGGUCAUGACCUCGAUCAGAUAUGUGAGAUGGCUGUAUGGCAUUUUCAAAGUGUUUUUUAACAUAUACUACACACCCCCAUACAUGUGGCUUGUCUCACAAACACAACCACCUUUUUGGUGCAAGUUUUCAUUUUUGUUCGUUUUCAGUAAUGCCUAAAACAUUAAGCUGGAUAAAAAAGAAAUUGGGUUAACUCCACUUGUCCUGUUGUAACCGCUAAAACCGCCUGUUGUUAUUAAGCAAAUGACCAAAUCUAAAGGUAGAAUAUCCAUACUUUACCUGGCAGUUACUUUAAGGCCCAAUGCAGCUGUUUUUUAAAAUUAUUAUCUCAAUAUCAAAAAGAAUGUGGGUAACAAUUAAACACCUUACUAUAGUAGUUAAAAUUAAAAUGGUCAAAUAGCUUUUUUUUUUGUGCAAAAAAACAGUGGUCUGAGUGAGGGACCUAAUUGGAGGGGCCUAAUUGGAGGGACCUAAUUGGAGGGGCCUAAUGGAAAAGGAUAUGCAUCCUGAAAAAUGACUGUUAAUGGCAGAGUAUUGUAUUUUCAACAAUAUGAUACAAAACACAAACUAUUUUGACUGCACUGGGUCUUUUAAUACUAAUUGAUACCAUCAAAGAACAUCUGUUAACUACACUCUAUUUGACAUGCUGUGAUUGACAUGUGAAGUGGUGUUCAUUCUUAAUUCCUUUUAUCCAAACUUUUUCUAACAAAAUUCAGGGAAGGGAUUUCAAGUAAAGUUGAUCAAUUAGAGGUUCAAUAGUAUAGUUGAGUGCUUUGUGAAACUUCGUUCAAAUCAAGGCACAAAUACACAAAAUCUCUUUGAAAGAUACACAACUUCUACAUGCUUUUAUGUUAGAACGCUUUUAUUGUAGAGAUAUUACCAGAGGCAGGGCUAGCUUUUUCUGAGCGUGAAGGUUUUAGAGUAAAAUGGUAUGUCGCCACAUUUUGGUUCAAUGUAGAAAAAAACGACUGAGAAUGUUGUGCCAGUGCUGUUACCUUGUCUACAUAACCAUCUCUCAUGCAUUACUGUAACUGCUCGGAAACCAGAUGAACUCAGAUCCUUCAUAUAUAGUUUGUCAAUAGAUAACAGGAAAAUGUAAAUAGGGUUUUGAACAAUAAAACAUUAAAUGUAUACGUCUUUU